AUGGACAAUAAUCCUUUUCGCAACAAUCAAGUACAAGCACCCAAUGGUAACUACGGUUAUAUGUCUCCUGCAGGCCAACAACAACAACCAUACAAUUAUCCUUCAAGUCAAUCUACACCACAAACGAAUUAUCCACAACAGCAGCAACAGUCUUGGCAAUAUCAGCAACAACCCAUUUUGCCUCAACAAACGAGUUCUUUUUCAAACUAUCCAUUACAAUCACAAAUGAGCACAACCUCAUCCUUUUCCACACUUCCCUCAAGCCAAUAUUCAUCUUAUAAUACUGGCUUGAUGUCAUCAAACACGCCUACAUCACCUCUCCAUAACAACGCUAGUUAUGGUAACACACCCUAUGGAGCUACAAAUUCAAUGUCAACCAUGCCUAUGCUUAACAAUUAUCCUACCAACGCUGCUAAUAACAUGUAUUAUCCUCCACCUACUCCUCAGCAACAACAACAACAACAACAACAACUGCAAAGCAACUUUUACAUACCACCUAAUUUUGGUGUGUCCAACUCGAAUACAUAUCAACCUAGACAUCCACCUGUGGAUGCUACUAGUUUAUUAAAGGGUACACAAAUUCGUCGCGUAGAAUGCCCAGUGUGUCAAAAAAUGCUCGAAGGUGAUGAUAUGGCCAUCAAUCAUCAUGUAAACCAACACUAUACUUAA